CGAAAUCACUUGCAGUUGAACUAAUCCAACUCUACGAAGUUCAUGGGAGAUAUCCAAAAUAUUUUUAAGAAAUUGUAGUGGUCGCCCUUUUUUGUGAAAAAUGAUUGCAUUCAGAAUGAAUGUAGUUUUUGUAGUGAUCAUUUCUUUUUUGAAUGUAUUGAAUGUGCAAAGUUUAUUUGAACGUACCAACAGUCGUAUUGAUUUACAAUCAAAUGCUGUAUUUCCCUUAAAAUCAUUGCCACACCGUCCUGGCACAUCCACUCGCGUGGCAUUUCUGGGUCAAAGAGGUGAUCGUUUAUCACUUGUUUGUAACAUAGACUUUUCUACCGGAUGUCGUCGUUCUUCAUUUUUCGAUACAACAGUAUUUAGACGUGGUCGGUGCUGCGAUGAUUAUUUCUAUGUUGGAUUCAAUUUGCAAGCGGAAAUUCAAGGUGCAGAGUAUUUUUGCGGUCGAAAAACUAUCCGGAAAAUGUCGCGUCAAACAUUUGGUCGACCGAUCUUAGUUAUUGCUACAUCGGCAACAAAAUGGGGAAGAUUUGGUAAAUACAAAUGUUCUAUUUCAUCAAGCGGAGCAAAUCAAGCAGUGACAGCAUCAUCAGCAUCAACGGAAGCGUCUGAAGCAUCUGAAGCAUCUGAAGCAAGCGAAGCAUCUGAAGCAAGCGAAGCAUCUGAAGCAAGCGAAGCAUCUGAAGACGAAUCCGAUUCGUAAGCUUUUCGAGGUCGAUUCACUUUUUAUAUCGAAACUAUCAUAUAUUUUUUUAUCAUAAUAUGAAUUCAUUAUUGUUGGUUAGAUUAAGCUAAAAACAAUAAGACAAUAACAAAUGUUUACAUAUUGUAUGAAACAGAUAAGCUUCAAGCUUGUGUAAAUCAAGUAAAUUACAAAUGAUCAUCGCAUGAUUAUCAAAUAGUGUUUUUAUUAUUUCUCUAGGAAGUAAAUACUGGUAUCACAAAAUUUGAUAGAGUUUGCGUGUUGUUUCUAAUAUAUUAAAAUUGUGUAAACCAUUAUUUUUGAUUGAAAAUCUGUUCAAACGAUGCUUUGAUUUUCACGUUGACCCAUUUAUCUGCAAUCUCUAAUGUGGCAAUAAAUUUCAAAAAAAAAUUUUAAAAUGUCCACACACGAAAAACAUUUGUAUUUGCUUUGAUGUUUAUCAAAUUGUAAGCUGAAAUAAAAUGAUUGUUAAAACAAAA